AAGCACGUGCAACAGAUCUGUCAAAAUGAUCUUUAGUUCACAAAUAUUUUUUUGUCAGGAAUAACUAAGCAAAAUCCACUAUUUCAUCGGAUCAUCUCAUAUAAAAGCUUAUGAAAAUGUACUUAUCUAACAGAAUAAGCAAAAUUCAGAAAUCAUCCGCGCGUCCUGUUUCAAGAAAACGUUCAUUGGAUGAUAUAGAUGAGUUAACUUAUAUGCUUAUGCUUGGGACCAAAGGCGGAGGAAGGAGGUCAACAACUGCCAUUGCUAGCAUUAUGAAAAAAAUGACCUUAUCGGAAAACAAGUGGAUUCCGGAAACAGAUGCCCUUCCACAACAUUUUGAAGUCGCCCACCAGAUGAAACAAGAUAUUGAAGCGAAGGAGAAGGAGGAAGAGCAGGCGGAAACAAGUAGUGGUGAAACCAUUGAAGAACAGGUGUCUGAAGUAUCGAUCCCGGACAAAAUUAGAUGUAUUAAGUUUGCAAAUAUCGAACUUUUCGCUGAGAUGUUCGUGGAUGAGAUCAUUGAUAUAUCUGUUGACGUAUGCGAAAAUCUUUUCAACACUGCUCUUGGAUGCGAGGGCGAAGGAGGUGUAACAGAAAUUCCAUGCAUUUGCGAUGCUACAAAACCACCUCCAGAAGAAAAGGCCUCUCUGGUUGACAACUCCAGUUUAUCAUCGGUUGAAAAAAAAGAAUUUUCUGGUUGGCCAACUAUCAAACAUUUCACCGUCGACGGAACCAAAAAGAAGAUAAAAGAAUUUAUGGGACAGUGGUAUUUCGUGCAAGAUUGGAAAUAUACGGUACAAUACAUUGGCAGCUAUAGCGACACAGUUGCGGAUUACCAUUUAUUUAAGGUAUAGGGAGUAUGGUCAAUACCUUCGAAGGAGUAUCCGAUAGCCCAAGCCACUGCUUCAAUUUUUUUCACGAUCGAAGUUUCAAGAGUUAAGCCGAAAUUUUGCUUUGUAAAU